UGCAAAAUCAAAUUAUGAACAAGUUUUUUAAUUUGGAUGUCACAUAAUAAUAUAACCUGAAAAUACUCUGCUGGAACCAAUAAUACAUACAUAUUUUGACGUCAACUGCAGAAAAAGAUGUGGCUGUUUUGUUUAGUUGUUAUCACUACGAUAGUGGCAUCAUCAGUGAAGCCACAACUGCUAUAUGAACGUGACAACAUGCCUUUAAUGAAUAAUCCAGACGAAAUGAAGAAAAUGUUUUUGUCUCUUAUGGACGCAUUUAAUCGAAAAAUUGGUGACAAUUUUAAAAGAUUACUAGCUCGUGUGCAAAAUGAUUUUCAAUCCCAGCUUAGGAACCAGUCAGCUGAAUUGAUUUUCGUUCAGAAAGGAAACAACGAAAACAAAACAUUUAUGAACACAUUUAAUCAAAAAAAUUCUGAAAAUUUUACAAGAUUGCUAGCUUCUGUCCAGAAUGACUUUCAAUCCAAGCUCGAUAAUCUAUCAGCGGAAUUGAUGUCAGUUCAGAACGAAAACAAAGAAAUCAAAAGUAAACUGCUCGAUCUGACCAAAAGGCAAACAGACGCCCAUUUAUAUAGAUACCCAACUAGACCCACUGUGGAGGCAGAAAGAAAUAUUGAAUUUCAGGAAGAUAUUGAUGCAAAAAUUAAAGAAGAAUUCGAAAAACUGGAAUCUAGUAUCCAAGCAAAUCUUACAAUGAGACUCGAAGACACCAAAGCUAUAAUGGAGGAUAACUUGGAAAUAAAGAGAAUGAUAGGAUACUUGAACAAUACUCAGACCAAAUUAAAAUCUAAAGUAGAUGGAUUGGAGAAACUACUAGAAGAGAAAGAAAAGUGGAAUGCUAGAUUAGCUAUAAAUGAGUCAUCAAUAGUCUAUUUAGAAAUAAAAACACAGGUUUUAAAUGAAACACUACAUGAUUUGCUGAAGGAAUGUUUAGAGGUGAAAACAAACGUAUCUACAAUUGUUACAGACGGACAGAAAAAAGCGGAUAUUUUAGAGCAAAUGGCCUCUCAGGUCACUCAGCAAAGCAUUCAACUGAAUGAAACUUCACAAAGAAUUUAUGAAUUAAAAGAACAAGAAAAAAUCAACAUCAUUUAUUUUGCAAAUGUUACAUCAAUUGCUGACAACAUGCGCAAUGAACUCUUCUUUCUUAAAACGAGUUUGGAUACACUAAAGAAUCAGACAAACUAUUUAAAUGUUGACCUUACUCAUGUCAACAGCUCAGUUAUAAAUAGUAGCCAAGAAAUCGAAGAAAAUAGAAUAAAGAUUAACGGAUAUAUAUCGCAACUGAGUAAUCUUCAAAUGACUGUCAAAAGUCAGAAAACCAUGUUACAAAACUUGCAGAAUGCUGUUGAAAAUGCCAGAUCACUUCCUAGUAGCUGUAACGAUUCACAAAAGCCCAUUAGUUGUGAAAGAGGUGUAGCUAAGGUGAAUCGUAUCAGCGUCAUUGCAGAUGGCAUUCGUCUUGUGAAUGGAAGCUCCUGGAACGAAGGUCGUGUAGAGGUGUAUGAAUCCGGAGGCUGGGGGUCAUUUUGUAGCACUGAAUGGGACACCAUGGACGCCAGUGUUGUUUGUAAAGUGGUGGGAUUCAAAUACGGAGUGGCGAUUACAUCUGGACUUUUUGGUCUGGGAAAUGGUUCAGUCCAAAUGACAAAUGUAUCCUGUGAUGGGUCUGAGAGCAGUAUUUUUGGUUGUUUAUAUAAUCGUACUAAAGAAUGUCCAACAAACCAAACAGCCGGUGUUGUGUGCACCAAUGCUAACCCUCUCCGACUUGUGAAUGGACGAACCGAAGCCGAGGGUCGUGUUGAGAUAUACACAGAGAACUCCAGGGGACGCGGGGAAUGGAGGACGGUCAGCGACAGAAACUGGGGCAACAGUGAGGCUCAGGCUGUUUGUCAGAUUCUAGGAUUUCCUGGACAUCAUACAAUUCCUAGAGCUGGAUAUCAUUUUGGACAGGGUACAGGGAAGAUUUGUUUGGAGGAUGUAAAAUGUAACGGAACAGAACUCAGUUUACUGGAUUGUCAGUAUCAAUGGAGCUCUAACUGUAACCACACAGGGGAUGCUGGAGUCAGCUGCUUAACGAUUCGUUUGAUGGACGGCUAUGAUGAGUCAGAAGGCCGAGUGGAAGUUCUAAUUGACAACCAAUGGGGCACAGUUUGUGAUGACAACUGGGGUCAAAAUGAGGCUUCGGUCGUCUGUCGUAGUUUAGGAUUACCCAGUGCUAAUACUGUGGCUAAACGCUCUGCAUAUUUUGGACAUGGUAAAGGUGUUAUUUUACUCAACGGGUUGAACUGUUCAGGAAGAGAGAAUGACCUUCAAGAGUGUAGUCGAACAGAGUCAGGAAGGGAAAAAUGUGGUCAUAAAAACGACGCGGGAGUUAGAUGUUUACAAAUUCGCUUAGUAAAUAAACCAGGAAACAGAGUUUCUGGUCUGGUAGAGGUGUACAUUAAGAAUGAGUGGGGGAAGGUUUGUGGAGAUAAUUGGACCAAUGAGGACUCUCAAGUCGUCUGUCGUCAUCUAGGGUAUCCAAGACAUACAGCAUAUCCUCUCCAGAAUAACUUCUUUGGACAAAACCCCGGGCGAAUUCGGAUUAAUAAAGUUCACUGUUUAGGAGGCGAGCAGUCUCUACUUAAUUGUAAUCACAGUACUGAUUCAAGAUACAUCAAAUGCACUUCUAGGAGAGCUGCUGGAGUUAAUUGUGCGCCGUUGACACUAGUGGGCGGUCCAAGUGACAGAGAGGGCCGAGUUGAAGUUUACACUGACCAGCAAUGGGGCACUGUUUGUGACACACACUGGGGCGACCAGGAGGCCCGUGUCGUAUGUGAAAACCUCGGUUAUUUCGGUCAUCAUGCUAUUCCUCGGCAAUCUUCAUUUUUUGGAGGCGGCAAUGGCUCUAUCUUAAUGGCGGAUGUUCAAUGUGAGGGAAAUGUAAGCAGUUUGUUAGACUGCAGACAUCUUGCAAUCCCGACCAAUUGCAGCCACAUGAACGACGCAGGAGUUAGCUGUUUACCUGUGCGGCUGGUAGGUGGACAGAGCGAUCGUGAGGGGCGGGUAGAGGUGUACAUGAAUCACGUCUGGGGCACGGUGUGUGACGAUGAUUGGGACCAUGACGAUGCCCAGGUGGUUUGCCAAAGUCUGGGGUUUCCAAAUUUCACAGGGGUAGCACGUGCAGCUGCCUAUUUUGGACAAGGGAGCGGACCAAUAUUGCUUGAUAAUGUAAGAUGCAACGGAAAUGAAGUGGACAUCCGCAAUUGUAGCUAUACAACGAAUGUCAACUGUGGCCAUAGUGAAGAUGCAGGAGUUAUCUGUGUACCCUUAAGGCUCGUUGAUGGAAAGAUUGGAAAAGAAGGACGAGUUGAGGUUUACAUGAACAACCAUUGGGGGACCGUUUGUAAUACUAACUGGGGCCAGAACGAGGCUCAAGUUGUUUGUGAGAAUAUCGGAUAUGGGAGGUUUAACGCAGUACCUCGGCAAUCUGCGUUUUUUGGAGAAGGCAUUGGUGACAUUGUCCUACAUAACGUACGCUGUUCUGGAAGGGAAACCGCUCUCAUUGAAUGCCAACACGAAGUUCUUGCCUCUACAAAUUGUAGUCAUGACAACGAUGCAGGAGUUAGCUGUCUCUCGGUUCGUUUAUUUGGAGGAAGCAAUGCUAUGGAGGGUAGGGUAGAAAUAUUUAUGCGAAAUGAGUGGGGAACAAUUUGUGACACACUAUGGGACAAUAAAGAUGGCAAUGUGGUAUGCAGGAGUUUGGGAUACGAGGGAUUUACAGGUGUACCUCGUUACAACUCGUUUUAUGGAAAGGGUAGUGGGCGUAUAUGGCUCCAGAAUAGCAGUUGCAAUGUUGAUGAAACGAGCAUCCAAAACUGUAUCAAAUCAGGAAUAUGGGUUCAUCAAUGUAAUCAUUCCAAUGAAGCCGGUGUAAAAUGUGUCCCCAUUCGACUUGUAAAUGGGUCAAGCAUUGAUGAAGGAAGAGUAGAGGUAUAUCAAUACAAUCAAUGGAGCACCAUCUGUGGUCAAAAUUGGAGCGAUAGUGAGGCUCAGGUUCUCUGUCAUAGUCUGGGUUUUGGCAGAGCGAUGAAUAUCAAUGCCACAGCUUUUUUUGGAGAAGGAAAUGGGGAUAUAUUGAUACAAAAUGUAAACUGCAAAGGCACCGAGAGUAGUUUAUUGGACUGUGGAAAAGAUGACGUCACCGUCCAAAACUGCAGUCAUCACUAUGAUGUAGGAGUAAAAUGUUCCUCUGUUCGUUUGGUUAAUGAUACACACGAAUGGGAGGGUCUUGUUGAGAUGUAUGAUGGUGGUGCCUGGAAGGGGCUUUGUGCACAGAACUGGAACACCGCAGAAGCACGAGUUGCUUGCCGUAGUUUAGGAUUUGAUGGGUCUACAGCUGUUACUCAACCUUUCAAGAUGAAUCAAAGAAUAAAGGCUAAGUUUCCCACAUAUUUCGAUUGUCGAGGACACGAGAGAAAUCUCUUCGAAUGUUCCCAUCAUAGAAUACCAGUAAAAACAGGAUGGUAUUCUAACGAUGAGUGUACUCAAGCAGAAGUGAGGUGUAUCCCUGUGCGGCUCUCUGGGGGAUACAGCAAUAAAGAAGGGCGUGUAGAGGUCUUUAUGAACAACGUUUGGGGUACAAUCUGUGAUGCAGGCUGGGACUCAGUGGACACGCGUAUAGUGUGCAAUACUCUAUUUGGAUAUAGUUAUGGUGGAACUAAAGUCAGUGCUGGACAUUUCGCUCAGGGCGUUGGAGAUAUUCUGUUGGCAAAUGUAUCAUGUACAGGGUCAGAGAGCAAUGUAUUGGAAUGCAAGCACAGUCUGAUGACAGAUCACUGCACUCACAGCAAGGACGUGGCAGUAAAGUGCUAUCAAAACAUACGUUUGAAUGAUGGCAAACUUGAGGUCUAUGUGAAGAACGAAUGGGGCACGGUGUGUACUUACGGAUGGGACGAUGCAGAUGCAAAAGUCGCUUGCAGAAGCCUAGGAUUGCCAAGCAUGUAUGCUAAAGCAAGGACUGCAUAUAAUUAUGAUAGAAACGUGCAAUGGUUUUUUCAUGGCGUUGAUGACGAAAAUCCGAGUUUGUUGAGUUCCGUUGGAUGUCGUGGUACGGAGUUGUCUCUUUUUGACUGUUCCAGUUCCUCCGGCUCCAGAUACUGUUAUGGAUCCGAAAUAGCAGCUGUUGAUUGUGCUUGAAUAUUGCAAGGGUACACAUACAAAUAACACAUUUUUAUUUGCUAUAUGCAAAGUACUUAAAAAUAAGCAUUAAAGACCGCUUGUAUAUAAAUCAUUUGUAUAUAAAGAUAAACAUCUAAUUGGCAAUCAAAUACCUAUUGGGAGUGCUGUGUAACAGUAAGUGAUCUACAUGUAACAUUUAAUUUCAGUUAAAUUGGUAUUUCUGACUAUCUCGACAAUGUAAUUAAACUUCAGGAAAUUGAAAUUUUUGUUAUUUAAUUUUUAUAUUUCGACAAGAAAAUACUUCAUGAAAUGUUAUUAGAUUUAACCUAAUAAUAUCCAGUAUGAAACACUUAUCAAAGAAGGAAGUAUUGCUCCUUUACUUUGAAAAUAACAAAAUGCGCCCCGGUUUAGAAACCCCACACUUCACAAUUGUAUUAACGAGUUUUAAUUUUUCAUUUUUCUUACGCAUGUCAUAUUUAUUGGUAAGUACUAAGUCAUGUUAUAUAAUGUAUACUCAUAAUCUUUGUGUACUACUGUACAAUGGUGUUGAGAUCUAAGUAAAUGAACUGUUAAGAAAUUGAAUUGUUACACAAAAUCCACUUGAUGAGCUAAUAAGAACCAUUUGCUAAUAUACGCGAACCAUCGGACUUUGGCGUGUCCGACAAAUAUAAGCAUCGGAUGCUUCUUUGGACAUCAGUGAUCCUAAAACACACCAAAGCCGUGCAGACAAAUCAUCAUACCACAGUCUAAGGUAGAUCAUUUUCAAUAAUACAAUUUGAAAUUAAAGAUACGUUAACAAAUGUACUUUUAUCGGCAGAAUUUUUUUCCCAUCUACAAUGAGACAUAAUUUACAUUUAAAGGAACCUAUUAUUAUGUUGACCUCCAAUUUUGUAACCAAAAGGAAAUAAAUUUCUAAUUAAAACUGUUAAUAUCAAAAUCUAUCUUAAUAUUAUAUUAAUUGUUCCAAAAUUUCGGUAACUUUUUUUCAAUGCAUAAUCGGUUUCGAAUGGUGUUAACCUAUUGAAAGCAAAAUGUUAUCUAAAUUCUCAAAGAUCGAAAUUCUUUCACACCAAGACAACAAAUAAUAAAUUUAUCUGAACGGCCCUCGUGGUGGUUCAAGUCAUAUUGCGCCAGCGUCUACUGCGACACAGAACAAGUUUAAGAGACUGAAAACACCACACUUCCUUGUGACCUUUCCAAGCGCUUUCCAUUUCUGGAUCUUGGUAUCUUGAUAAGAAACACUUAAAUCCCGCUAUACGAGUUUGGUACUUCCAAGUAUGGGUUACAACUCGCCAUCAUAUGCACACCUGCCAAAUGUUUUGGGUUCAAAUUAUUCC